ACUACCCUCUCCCUCUGCAUCUCGCUCAGUCGGGGCCAAGCAUGGCUGGUGUGCGGACAUGUGCCCACUUCUCCUCGCGGCUCUCUCCUCACACACCCCUCACAAGAUUACGGAUUUUCCACAGUCAAGGGGGGCGAUGCAGUUCCUCUACCACAGACGCGCCCACGCCUGCGCACGCCACAUUCAAGGCGUCAGAUCUACAAAUAGAUUUCUGUCGCCCGGAACAGCUGAGGAGCAAGCCCCCAGUUAAGGAACUCCUGUUUGGCAAGUCCUUUACAGACCAUAUGCUGAAAAUUUAUUAUACGAAGGACUCUGGCUGGGGUGCCCCUAGGAUCAUGCCUCUUCAGGAUCUCCGCUUGCAUCCUGCCGCGAAAGUCCUGCAUUACUCUGUGGAGCUAUUCGAGGGCAUGAAGGCGUUCCGUGGCGUGGACGACGAAAUCAGAUUGUUCCGGCCAAACAUGAACAUGGCGAGGAUGAACCGAACGGCCGCUCGCUCCGCCCUGCCCACCUUCAACGGAGAGGAGCUGGUGGCCCUCCUGAAGAAGUUAGUGAGCGUGGACCAAGAGUGGGUGCCGCAUACCGAGUCCUCAAGCUUGUACAUUCGCCCCACGAUGAUUGGAACAGAGCCUACUCUGGGGGUGGUGCGCCCUGCCGAGGCCCUGCUGUUCGUGAUCCUGUCUCCUGUCGGACCCUAUUUUGCAAGUGGAUUUAAGCCUGUCUCUCUCCUGGCUGAUCCUCGUUACGUAAGGGCUUGGCCUGGUGGUGUGGGGGAUAUGAAGAUGGGGUCUAACUAUGGCCCCACGCUGGAGAUACAGCGACAGGCAGAGCAGCAAGGGUGUCAGCAGGUGUUGUGGCUGUUUGGGCCAGAGCACCGCAUCACAGAAGUCGGGGCAAUGAAUAUAAUGGUGUUUCUCGUCAACGAUCAGGGAGAGAAGGAGCUAGUGACGCCCCCCCUAGACGGCCUAAUCCUCCCUGGGGUGACACGAGACUCCCUCCUCACCCUAGCCAGGAGCUGGGGGGAGUUUAGGGUGACAGAGAGGGAUAUCACGAUGGGCGAGGUGGAACAAGCCAGCGAGGAAGGCAGGCUGAUAGAAAUGUUCGGGGCGGGCACGGCUGCAGUAGUGACACCUGUGGGAGAGAUCCACUACCAAGGGCGGGUCAUCAGGGUCACGAAGGAGGGGCAGAAGGAGUCCCUGGCCCAAAGAUUUUACAACACAAUUACAGGAAUACAGUAUGGGAAGGUUAAGAGUGAUUGGGCUGUUAGUAUUGAUAGUUAAGCUUGUUUGUUUGUGUGUGUGUGUGUAUGUGUGGUUAAGGAUGUGUGUGUGUGUGUGUACGUGUGUGUACGUGUGUGUGUGUAGCAGUAAUAAUGAUAUAAAGUCACUAUGUACUGUGAACAAACAAACAAACAAACAAUAGGAAAAUCACAAUAAACACAUUGAUAUAGAAAAAUUAAAUAAAUAAAUAAAGUAGAGAAUUAAAUAAAUAAACAGACAAAAAAACAAAUAAUAAUAGUAAUAAUAAUAAUAAUAAUUUCUCGUACAGUCGUUUAUAGAAUCAAGUCACUUAUACAAAGGGUUGAAUUCCUUAUUACAGGGGAUUCAGGCGUUUAUAGUGGUAGAGUAGCCAAUAGGAAGGCAGGUAGCUCAAAGCCUCGACCAAUAGGAUUCGAGUAUCUAAUAUUAUGUUAUUAUUAUUAUUAUUAUUAUUAUUAUUAUUAUUAUUAUUGUGAGUCUAUGCAAUUUGGAAGUAAAAUAAUAAUAAUAAUAAUAAUAAUAAUAAUAAUAAUGGUAAAUAUUUGAAUGUACUUAAAUAAUAAUAAUAAUUUAGUUAUGUAUGUUAUUAUUAUUAUUAUUAUUAUUAUUAUUAUUAUUAUUAUUAUUAUUAUUAUUAUUAUUAUUAUUACUACUACUACUACUACUACUACUACUACUACUACUACUGUCAUUGUUAUUACUUCUCCUCCUCCUCCUCCUUUCUCCUACUACUACUAUUACUACUACUACUACUACUACUACUACUACUACUACUACUACCAUGAUUAGUUUGUAGCAAAUAGUCUUUCAUCGUUUGCUUAGUUACUUAAAUUAAUUAUUAUUUGGUUAGUUAUUUUUGUACCAAGUGAAAAAAAAUGUAAAAAAAGGAGAGAGAGAGAGAGAGAGAGAGAGGUGUAUGUAUGUGUCUCUCUCUCUCUCUCUCUCUCUCAAGGUAAACUACUAUUACUACUACUUCUCCUCCUCCUCCUCCUCCUCCUCCUCCUCCUCCUCCUCCUCCUCCUCCUUCUCCUCCUCCUCCUCUAGAGCGGUGUUGUAAAAAUAGUAAAUAUUUCUUAAUAAAUCUUGUAUAUUUUGUUCUUUAGUGAAUUAAGAGAGAGAGAGAGAGAGAGAGAGAGAGAGAGAGAGAGAGAGAGAGAGAGAGAGAGUUAUUAUCGUUAAACCUUUCCUUUCUUCUCUCUCUCUCUCUCUCUCUCUCUCUCUCUCUCUCUCUCUCUCGCGUUAGGUUGUGCUAGGGAGGUAAAUAGAGACAGACAAACAAACGAACAAACAAACAAAACACUGUAUAGAUUUUUCAUAGUCAGACGAAAGAAAUAAAACAAAAAAUAAGAAUAAAAAUAAGAAAUAAAGAAAAUA